AUGGCAAAUGUCAAAGAGCCCGAGGUUUCUUCCUCUUUGGAGGACAACGCGAACGAUGAAUCUACUCUGGAGCGUUUGGGUUACAAACAAGUGCUACAUCGUAGCUAUUCCUUGUUUGAGAACUUUUCAACCUCGUUCGCUGCUCUCUACUUCGUUGGUGGUGUGCGAGUAACCUUCUCGACUGGAAUCGCGGCUGGAGGACCACUGGCCUACUGGACAAGUUAUAUUGUGACGUGUGUUUUUACAUUCAUCACGGCGGCCGUUAUUGCAGAAGCAUGCUCUGCAUCUCCCACUUCAGGCUCAAUUUAUCUUUGGGCAGCAGAAGCUGGUGGAAAGAAAUUCGGGCGCUUCUUUGGCUUUAUCGUUGCUUGGUGGAGUACGACGGCCUGGACAACCUUCUGUGCCAGCAAUACCCAGUCGGCCGUCAACUACAUGCUAUCGGAACUGGUUGUUUUCAACGUCGACUUCCCAACUGAUUCCUCCAGUAUCAAGUUCCGCGCCGUCCAAUGGAUCUGCACCGAGGUUCUUCUUGCUUUAGCGGCAUUGAUGAAUCUUGCUUCUCCCCGCAUUUUCAGAUACGUAUUCUGGUUCUCAACUGGAGCCGUCUUUCUCGAUUUCAUCUUAAACGUCAUCUGGCUCCCAGUUGGCGCACAUAACACCUAUGGCCUCAGAACCGCAAAUGAAGCCUUCAUGACCACGUAUAACGGCACUGGCGCACCGGCAGGUUGGAAUUGGUGUCUGUCUUAUCUUGCCACAGCGGGAAUUCUGAUUGGAUUCGAUGCGUCUGGCCACGUUGCGGAAGAAACUAAGAAUGCUUCUGUGAAUGCGGCGAAGGGUAUCUUUUGGAGUACGGUUGUUAGUGGGGUUUUGGGAUUUAGUGCUGUGAUCCUCUUUUUAUUUACCUCUCCCCCGAUUGAUGUGCUCUUCUCCUAUGAUGCGCCCCAACCCUUUGUCCCUCUCUAUGCCGCUGUUCUCGGCCGCGGGGGACAUCUCGUCAUGAACGUUCUUUCCGUGGUGGCACUGUGGCUGAACACUGCCAUCGCAAUCACUGCCGCAUCUCGACUAGUCUUCGCCGUUGCCCGUGACGGCGUCCUCCCGGCAUCUAAAUGGGUAUCACGCGUCUCUGCCGAUGGUCAGCCCCAGAACGCCGUUCUCGUUGUCUGGGGCAUUGCCGCCAUUAUUACCUGCACCAUUCUCCCGUCCGCAGUUGCAUUUACUUCUCUGGUCUCGGCAGCAGGAGUUCCCUCCGCUGCUGCGUACGGGCUGAUCAGUCUUGGUCGACUCAUACUCACUCCCAACGAGCCUCUCGAGGCAAAGUGGUCACUGGGUCGAUUGAGUAAGCCUUUUCAGGUUGUCUCGGUGCUCUGGAAUGGGUGGGUUGUGGCGGUUUUAUUUUCACCCUAUUCGUUUCCUGUGGAGGCUUCUACGCUGAACUAUGCGCCAAUUAUAUUGGCUAUUGUGACCAUCUUUGCGAUUGUUUCGUGGUUUUUUACGCCGGCUGAUGCCUGGGUUCCGCGGGGACGACUGACGAAUCCUGUCGAUCAUGCUGAAUGA